GAUAAAAUGUUGCGUAGCGUGUGAAGAGCUGGUCAUUUGAGUUCGAUAGCUGCAGCGGAUUUGGUGUUGCUCCUGUUUCGUCGAUCACAGUGCCAAAGAAGACAGUGUUAAGAUCAAACGGAAUCAUGUGGUGGUACUUGCUUGUUCCGUACAUCUGCGCGGGUGUGAUUAUUGUGGUUUCAUACGUUCACUGGACGCGGAGGAAAAUGUACAAAACAUUAGCUACCAUGUCCUGUCCCAAGACGUUGCCGUUGAUCGGGCAUGCUCAUAAGUUCUUCAACGCGACGGCAGAAUCAAUUGCCGACGGGCUCAAGUUUUUUGCCGAGUUUCCUUCGCCGGUUGUCAUCCACCUGGGACCAUCCCCACAGGUGGCAAUUUUCGAUCCCGAACAGGCCCGAAUCGUUCUAAACUCUCAAAAUUGUCUCGACAAAGCGUUCUUUUACUCAUUUUUACGUGUUCCAGGAACGUUGAUAAGUUCACCUGGUCCUUUGUGGAGAAGCCAGCGCAAAGCUCUGAACUCAUCUUUAGGACCCGCCAUCCUGGGAAGUUUUAUUCCGAUCUUUAACAACAAAAGCGCCAUACUGGUGGACUUGCUCGAAAAAUACGCCGGAGAACCGGAACGUGAUUUCAGUGUUGACAUUGCUAAGUGUUUUCUGGAUCAGAUCUAUGAAACAGCAUUCGGAUGUAAUUUCUCCAUGCAAACAUCCCCCGAGGGAGAUAAAACCGUUGAUAUGAUGGGUGACUACAUGCAUAUCGUAUCGAAAAGGUUUUUUACUAUUUGGCAAUAUCCAGAAGUCUUGUAUCGCAUGACAGAUGCCUACAAGACGGAACAAGCGUUGCUUAAAGCUCACCAUGAAAUAACUGAGAAUAUUGUGCGCCAAGUUAAGUUUCACGAACAAAUCAACAUGACAGACGAAAAGUUCGCAGCAUUAGAUGGUUCAAGUAAAACGCAUAAUUUCAUCGAGUGCCUCGUGAAAUACAUGCGAACAUCUAUACAUACGUCACAGGCUGAUAUAUUUUCCCAUAUUGAUAUGACACUGUUUGCCGGUAACGAUACAACGGCAAAGUCGCUAAGUUACGUCCUUUUACUCAUGGCAAUGCAUCCUGAAGUACAGGAACGCUGCUAUCAAGAGGUUAUGGAAGUUUGUCCGGGUGAGGAGCGAUUUAUUUCAGCAGAAGAUACCGCAAACCUAACGUACCUGGACAUGGUUUGCAAAGAGGGUAUGAGACUGUUUCCUGUAGUUCCUAUUAUGGCUCGUGUAACAAAUAACGAUGUUAAACUUGAUGAACAUCACACAAUUCCAGCUAACUGCAAUAUUAUUUUGGGAGUCUACCAGAUGCACAGGGACCCGAACAUAUGGGGUCCAAAUGCUGAGCAGUUUAAUCCGGAUAAUUUCCUACCAGAAAAUGCAGCGAAACGGCACCCAUACGCCUAUCUUCCAUUCAGUGCAGGUCCACGAAACUGUAUGGGACUGCGAUACGCUCGGAUAGCCAUGAAAGUUACGGCGGCACACAUAUUGAAAAAAUAUCGACUAAGGACAUCGCUCACUCUCGAGGAACUGCGGGUCUCGUACGGGGUGAUGCUGAAUAUCGCCAACGGUGUGCUAAUGAGUUUAGAAAAACGAUAAUUUAGUUUUAUAAGUAUUUAUGAACGAUAGAAUAGAGUUUUUUGUAAGGUCUGUCUAUGAAUCACGUGGAAGGAUAAAAAUGUGUGUUCGUUUUUGAGGGAAUGUAUCAUCAAAAAGUACACAGGAAAAGGCAUACUUUAUCAUGUUUUAUGUGUUUCUACUAAUAUUUCAAUUCGGUUUUGUGUGAGAAACCAUUGAAUAAAUUUGUAUAUUCUAUGAAUUAAAAUAGAAUAAAAAAUAUCAGUUCAAUAACAAAAAAAAAAAAAUCAAUAUCAAAUUUGACGCCAUCGUAAAACAUACAUAGGUACGUUUAACACUGGUAAAAAUAUUUAACAUCUACCAGUGUAUAUAAAUCAGUUGGUUUGUUUUAUUCCAACCGGCGUAUUUUAAACCUUGUUCUCUUCCACGUAAUAGAGUUUUGUAUGAACUUGUUUGUGUCAAAACUUAAAUGAUUCCUUGUAGAGUAUUGUAUGUUAUAAUGAGAUACCUUCGAAACAUGCUGCCCUUCUUCGCCUACUUGUCCUAUAUUUUAUGUAACCUUAUGGACCCCGGGACAAAUAUGCGUAGAACGGCAGCAUGAAAGUUGAGUAUAACAUCAUUUGUAUACUCUUAUCACAUAGAUAGUCCUUAUUGCUAGUUUCAAUCAAUUUUAGUUUUACUAUAGCAAAAAUUUUAAUGUAAUAGAUUCCUUUUACA